GCCACAAGCUCUGCGGGAGCAGCCCCAUCAGCCCCAUCGGCAGCUUGGGACAGAAGGAGGGAGAGGGCAGACUUGAGCUGGACAGAAAGGAAAGCUCGGGUUCCAAGAAGCCGCCUCCCGACUGCCUCCUCCCCUCUGCCGUCUGGCUGGGGCUGAGGGGGCCGUGGCUCCCCCACUGCUCAGUCUGCCCUUCUCCCCGUGGUGGUGUCCCAGAUCCCGGGCUCUGGGCUUCCUGCUGUCCCAGGCGGCCUUGGCACUGCUUCUGCUCCUGCCCCUGCCUGGUGAAACCUGGGGACGCCAAGCCUCACAUGUCUCCGCCUCGCCGUGGGACCUGACCGCCCCACUGCCGUCUGCACUGUGACUGGCCUUGGGGUCCCACGUGAGGACUCCCGGCAGACCCCGGGCCCAGCCACCGACACCCGGCACCCAGCGCGUCUGGAAUUGAGUGGGCGGGCACGUGUUUCCUCCUCCCUCCCCAGGGCUCCCUGCACCCGCCUGGGAAAUUCUUGCCAGUGGCCUGACCGGUUGUCCGGGAAGCUGCUCUCUGGGCUUCCCAGGGUGACCCAGUAUCUCCCUGAGCAGUGCGCCCGUCCCUCCCUCCGAGCACGGGAACAGGCACCACUGGCGGGGCCUCUGCCUCCCUCAGCCCGGUGGCGGGCCGGAAGGGGCUUGUGGAGGGGCCUCCCUCUAAACACUUGGCCCACCGCACAGGCCUGCCCUGGCUGUGAGCCUCCCCUGCUCCUGCGCCCGCUCCUCCUCGACUUCCCUGCGGCUGCUCCGGACGGGAAGGCUGCUGAGGGAGGGAGGGGGACGGGCGGGCCCAGGGUCACCAUUGUCCAGCUGCGCCGGCAGCUUCACGGUCCAAGGGACCCACGACGGCCUGUGGCAGGCAGGCCACAGCCAGCAUCUUUGUUGCCUCCCCGUGCCCCUGGUGGGAGGCUGGGCCUGCGGGCACCCACCAACCAAGGGCUGGCAUAGCUUGCUCUGGAACGAGGUACUCGGGAUGGUGCCACCCACUUUCUGGCCACGGAGGGCCUUCUUGCUUUCUGCCUGUCUUGAAUGUACCUUUUGCCCUUGACUGAGCCAGGUGGGCCGGGAGGGCCCCAGAGCCUGGGCCGGGAGGGGCUGGGCUUCACUUCUCCUCCCAUGGUCCUGGGGCUGGGGUCGCUGCCGAGGCCGCCUCGUACCCCCACCUCUCGCGUUGCCCGUCCUUCAUCACUCGGUGGAGCCACCUGGCCUUGCCAGGUCAGGCUCCGCCUCUCUCCCUCCUUCCUGGCGGCCUCUGCUAAGGGUCUCUUAGAUAGUACGGGUCAUUGCACCUGUGAAACGGAUAGUAUCUCCCCUUCCCGGUGGGGAUGAGCUUGUGAGAUGUGCGAGCCACGGCCAGGCAGCACAGAAGCCGCCCCAAGAUCACUGGGGCGACACUGAGGUCCCAUCCUGAAUGCGCCCUUCCCUUGACUGGCCGAGCAUGGCUUGUGCAAGCACCUCUUUGCUGCUCCUAGGCCCCCUUUAGCCUCAUGAGGGGCUGCUGGGUCCCCUGUGACCCAGGUGGAGCGGUGCCCUGGAGGGGAAGGCUUGCCACCUUGGUGGGAGGGGCCUCGGCUCGGCUGCCGUGUCCUGGCCCUGCUCAGACUUGCGUUUCCUCCUCGUGCCUGUGAUGACAUGUUCUUCCAGCUUGUGGGGAGCCUUGCGUGUGGCCCGGGAGCCUGCUUUCCAAUCUGUAAACAUGGGUCGUAUGUCUCAGCAGCUGUGAGUGAGCGAGGGGGUGGCAAGCCGGCCGCACAGGUCCUGCGGCCUUAGGCCUCCUCGUUGCCCAACAGGCGGCUGGGGGCGGGCCGUGGCCACUGAUUAAAGGCCGCCUGGAGCAGCCUGUGUGGAGACAGGUGCCCAGCAGCCCAAGAAGCCGGUGAGCAGCCGCCCCAGCUUUAGGCUUUGCUGUCCCCGUGAGCACAUCACCAUGUCCGAGGUGCCCCGGGCCGAGACUUUCGUCUUCCUGGACCUGGAAGCCACUGGGCUCCCCAGUAUAGAUCCCGAAGUGGCCGAGAUAUCUCUGUUCGCGGUGCACCGCUCCUCCCUGGAGAACCCAGACCGAGAUGAGUCUGGUGUCCCCGUGCUGCCCCGGAUCCUGGACAGACUCACGCUGUGCAUGAGCCCAGAGCGUCCUUUUACCGCUAAGGCCAGCGAGAUCACCGGCUUGAGCAGUGACAGCCUGGCCCGGUGCCGGAAGGCCGGCUUUGACAGCUCCGUCGUGCGGACUCUACAGGCCUUCCUGAGCCGCCAGGAGGGCCCCGUCUGCCUCGUGGCCCAUAAUGGCUUCGAUUAUGACUUCCCCCUGCUGUGCACAGAGCUGCGGCGCCUGGGCGCCCACCUGCCCCCGGACACCAUCUGCCUGGAUACACUGCCUGCGCUUCGGGGCCUGGACCGCGCCCACAGCCAUGGCACCCGGGCCCAGGGCUUUAAGGGUUACAGCCUGGGCAGCCUCUUCCGCCGCUACUUCCACGCCGAGCCGAGUGCCGCCCACUCAGCCGAGGGGGACGUACAUACCCUGCUCAUGGUCUUCCUGCACCGCGCCGCUGAGCUGCUCGGCUGGGCAGACGAGCAGGCCCGGAGCUGGGCCCGCAUCGAGCCCAUGUACGAGCCACCCGAUCGUCCGAGCGUUGAAGCCUGAAUGCCGGGGGCUUGGUGACGCCACCGCCCAGGGGCGUGAGGCCUGCCCCCAGCACCAUGGGCAGCGCCAGCUCUGACCAUUCAGUCGGGCCCUGGGGCCGGAGCUGGCAGCGGACCGGUGUCCCACUGUCCCUCUCCCCAUCCUCUGAGCUGGCUGUCCCUGGGCCUGCGCACCUGCCGGGCUUUCUCCCUGCCCGGGCCUGCCCAGCCUUGUAGCCCCAGAGCUCCCUGCUGGCCACCCCUCACCUGGCCUCUCAAUAAACAUGGACGAGUACUCAGCA